AUGGUGUUAGGCAUAUUGAGUGCCGUCGCAGCCUGCCCAGCCAUAGUAGGGACUACGGAGGCUGUGAGACAUGGUCAAAAGGCUCAAGCCAAGGAGGCUCAUCGUGGUCAGAAAGUCAACAUGAUUGCCAGAUUACCUACUCCUAUUCCUGGAUACAGUGAGAAAUUCGAAGGUUCUCUAGUCGUAUUGAAGGAUGACAAACUAUACAUUCAGCAUGCUCAGUCGAAAUUCCCACCAUAUUCUGUCCAUCCGUUUGCAGGCUACUAUCUCCCGUACCCAUCAAAUCAGAAUAAAUGGGCUGGAGCGGGGUACAAAGGCGAAGGAUUGGUCAGUACGAUCAAUGAGCAAAAUCACUUGAAUUGGAUAUACGUCGAUCGCGAUACGCACGAAAUCAAAUAUGGUGUAAAGCAAGAUGCAGAGGGUAACUGUUGUGGACCAUGGGACUGUACGUCAAUAGAUAAACGAAUGACAUUUGAAGGAUGGGAAGGGUUCAUCGCUGUUCAGGAAGAUGAAAGAGAGGAUAUAUGGGCAUUAUAUUUCGAUAGGUUCGAUGACGGCUUGUCGUCAGAUGGGUUAAUAGGUGAUUUCGAAUCGACAGGUAAACAGGUGAGAAUGUUGGAAGUGCAAUUGAUAAGGAAGGAGAGACAGAAAGAUUUCGAAAUGGCUCAAGAAGAGAGGGUAGAGAGGAUAAGAGCGAUGAAGGGAAAACAGAGGGAACAGCAAGAGCAAGGAUUACAGGAAGAAGACAAAUAA